UUCUUAUUCCAUUUACUUCCUUUAUUGUACAGCCCUAUCAACACUUUCUAAUAACAUUUCCUUAACUAAAGUGAAUUUACAAGGAUAUCCGAAAAAAAUGAGAGCUUUAUUUAAGAGACGAACUUUAGACAUCGAGUGUCUUGAUGUGUGGCUUGACAUUUGAGGCAACAGAAUCUUGUUCCGCAUGAAACACAAGUGUAGCUUGAUGGAAAUCCGCAAACAGCACAAAAAUGACGUUGUGGAUAAUUUGUUUCUGGUGCUUGUGCUGUUGAAUAAUUUGGCCCGUCUGCGUUCAAUUGACGAUCUUCCUCGAGUAGUUGCUGGAAUGUCUUGCGAUAUUUAAUUCGAUAAUAAUCAGCCCCACGAGACUUUCUUCCUUUCUUACGUGGAUUAUCUAAGCUAUUAUUAAACUUUGGGAUCUUUUUUGACAUGACUAAAUCAGCAUGAGGAUCCUCAUGAAAAUUGUCUUGCUCGAGUGCCUCAAGAGCCUUUCUAGCUCGUCUUCUUCGUGUCAAGUCAUCAAGAACUCUUUUCUUUUCCACAUCCCUAAUUCUCCCCGAUUCACGUGUUGCCAUUUUCACUUCCUUUUUAUAUUAUUUAAGUCUAUAUUUAAUUCACAAAGUCUAUGCUUCACAAUUUUCACUUUAUGCGUCCUUUUCGUGCAAUGGAAAACUAAAUCUGUCCAUUAAAUCAUCAAUUUUAGAUUGUAGCAGUUCCACAAUAUCAGCAGAUAUGAAUAAAUGUUUAUCGUCUAAAUCCUGUAGAAUAAAUUUUCGACCUAAUAAUAACUUUUCAUCCAAAUGUUGUAGGAAUUGUUUCAUCGCCGGAUCACUGUUGAGUAUAAAGAUGUCAGAUAUUAAGGAUCAAGCUGCUAAGUGCAAAAAAAUGAUGGGAAUAUUUGAGGAAGGAGAAGAAGGAUUUUAUAACAUUAAAGAUCUCGAGAAGUUGUCAAAAUCUAAAGGAAUCGCCACAAAUGAAGUAAAAAUAAUUUUAGAGUCGCUUGUCUCAGAUGAAAAGUUGGAAAGUGACAAAAUUGGAUCAACACUUUUUUAUUGGUCAUUUCCUGAGAAAAAGAUUGAGGCAGACAAGAAGAUUAGUGAUGAACUCAAAUGGAAAAAUAAGGAACUUAAUGACAAACUAGUUGCUUUAACGGCUACUUUAAAAAAACAAGAGGAAGCUAAGGAAAAAGUUACCGAUUAUGAGAAAACAAGACGUGAGGAGCUUAUGAAGAAUAUUAAAGAAUUGAAGGUCAAGGAAAGGGAUUUGAUAGACUAUCUUAAUAAUGAUGAUAAUACAAGCGUAGACGAUAUUAAUAAAUUGAGUACCGGCGUUCAAGUAAGUGAAAUAAUUCAAUAUUUGAUUCUACUGGAUCUUAAGAUAAAUUAUAAAACAGGAACUGACUACUGCAGUUAAUCGCUGGACAGACAACAUCUUCAACAUGAAAAGCUGGUUUAAAAGGAAGUUUCCAGCAAUUGAUGAUGCACAAUUAGAAAAGGAAUUUAGAAUUCCAGCAGAAUUAGACUACUUCUGAUCACACUUAACUUACCAUUCAACUAGAACUCCUUUAGAUACAUUUACCAUUGCUAAUUAAUGCUUCCAACAUAUCUAAUAAUCCUUUAAAGUUAAUUAAAAUGAUAUUUUUCACGAAGAUUAAAACUUUUCUAGAUCUUUGUUAUUGUUUGUGCUGG